CUUGACAAACACUUGCGAAACGCUUCAGGUCGAGCGCGCGCGAGGCAGAGCUUUUCAUUCGUGGUCCGCUUCAGAAAAAUGACGGAGGCUGAGCUGUACUCAGUGUAUAAAGGUGUGUACGUGCCGAAGGACCUGCAUCCUCCAGAAAGCCUGAAAUACUGCGAGGACUUCGCUUUCCGUCCAGACGACGUCCUGAUCGUCACUUACCCCAAAUCCGGAACAACAUGGAUGCAGGAGGUGGUUCCUCUGAUCGUGAGCGAGGGUGAUCUGACCCCGGUGCUGACCGUGCCGAACUGGGACCGAGUGCCAUGGCUGGAGGAGCACCGGGCCAUCCUGCUCGGUCUGGAGCAGAGACCUUCUCCGCGCGUCUUUGCUACUCACUUCCAUCGCCACAUGAUGAACGAGUCCUACUUCAAAACCAAGCCCAGGGUUCUCUAUGUCAUGCGUAACCCGAAAGACGUGUUCACUUCCUCGUUUCACUACUACGGAAUGGCCUCGUACCUCGUGAACCCAGGGAGCCAAGACGAGUUCAUGGAGAAGUUCCUCGACGGGACAAUCAUGUUCGGCUCCUGGUUUGAUCAUGUGAAGAGCUGGAUUAAUGCUGAAGAAAAGGAGUCCAUACUGUACGUUUUCUACGAGGAGAUGAUCGCCGACCUGAAAGGCUCCGUGGAGAAAAUCGCCAAGUUUCUCGGCAAGUCUCUGAGUCCGGACGUGACGGAGAAGAUCGCCGAGCACUGCGUCUUCAAGAACAUGAAACAAAACAAAAUGUCCAACUUUUCUCUGGUUCCGGAGCAAUACAUGGACCAGAAAAAAUCGGAGUUCCUGAGGAAAGGAAUCGCCGGGGACUGGAAGAAUCUGUUCACCCAGGCCCAAGAGCAGCGAUUUAAUGCCGUGUACGAAGACAAGAUGAAAGAUGUGACAUUCAAGUUUAUGUGGGACUGAAAAAAUAAUCAUACUCGCUUUUAAUAAGCAUUUUAUAUUCAUUUUUAACCUUUUGUUGCAUGCUUUUUUAAUUGUAAGUAUCAAAUGCGCAGUUUAUACACUGUUGAUAAUUUGCUCUACGAAAGUAAUUAUUACUAGCUACUAAUUAUGUCUAACAGUAGCUAAUUACUCUCUUUAGGUAUUGCAUAAUUACAUUCUACAUGCUAUGGCAUAUAUAUGAAACCUCUUUUCAUUUGUUAAAAUCAUAUAAAAUGACAUUAUUGAAAAUGUAUUACUAUUGAACUGACUAAAAUAUUAAAAAACACAGAUUUUACA